AUGAAAGCUACUCCACCUCUUGCUUUGCUGCUCAGCAUCGCCGUUGCGGCCCCUACUUCCAGAUCUACGCCAGACUACAGCAGACUCACUGUCGCCAUAGUCCGUGCAGAAACAGCAAGCUGGCCCAUGCCAUUGAUGAACAAGAAAUGGACUGACGUACAGUUUACCUUGAAUGCUACCAUUGCCAAAGGUAUAAAGCUUAUCGAAGAAGCGGCCAGUAAUGGCGCAAACCUCGUCGUCUUCCCCGAACUAUGGUUUCCAGGAUACCCCAAAGGUAUAGCAGACCCUCGAUCCAUCGCUCCCCUACUCGCGAACUACAUCGACGACUUCCUCACGAUCAACUCCGCCCACUGGCGCAUCCUUAUCCAUACAGCCGCCACUAGGAACAUCUACAUCGCUCCCGCCUUCUCACACCUUGAGAACGGCGUCUUGUACAUGGGUCAAGCUCUCAUCUCUUCCAACAGCACUUCUUUCAUCCGCCACAAACUGCGGCCCAGCGGGAAAGAGCGAGACAUAUGGUCAGAUGGUACAAUGGACUAUAUGACGUUUAGUAUGCAGAGUCAGGCUGAGACGCUGCAUCCUACUGCUUGGCCCUAUACACCGGAUAUUGCCGACCCUAGAGCCGCAUACUGGGAGUCCCUCGAAAUGAACCUUGCAGUCGCUCGCGUGUUCGCUGUCAACGCCAAUCCACCACUCGUUUUUGCUUCGGUCGGUAAUGCGCGAUUCCUUGAUCCUCAGGAUCUGGAUCUCGCCAUCGUUGAGGCAGAAACAAGUACAGAGGAGGUGCCGCUCGUGUACCAAUCAUUCAACACUACUGAUCUUGCUAUGACGGUGCCAUAUACAACGCAUAGCGAGCAGAGUUGGAGUAUUUUGUAG